CCGGGGGUGACCUCACCUUCCAACAUGGCGGCGGCGGUAGAUUAGGGCUGCGGGUCGAAGCAGCCACCGCCGCUGGGGGACCCUGUCGGAAACGACUGCCGCCGCCGCCGCCGCCGCCCCUUCCAUCUCUUCUGGGGCAAGGGGCCAGGGCCAGGUUUUACACAUCUGUAAGUAGACUUCUGGAGCUCUGCCAGCCAACUCAAUGGCGUCCUCUACUACUGUGCCUCUAGGAUUUCACUAUGAAACGAAGUAUGUUGUUCUCAGCUACUUGGGACUCCUCUCUCAGGAGAAGCUACAAGAGCAGCAUCUUUCCUCGCCCCAAGCUUCACAACCUCUGGAUCAAGAAGUUUUAUUAAAAGUUAAAACUGAAAUUGAAGAAGAGCUAGAAUCCCUGGACAAAGAAAUUUCUGAAGCAUUCACCAGCACAGGCUUUGAUCGUCAUACUUCUCCUGUAUUCAGCCCUGCUAACCCAGAAAGCUCCGUGGAAGACUGCUUGGCUCAUCUUGGGGACAAAGUAUCGCAGGAACUGAAAGAGCCUCUGCAAAAGGCAUUGCAAAUGCUUCUCAGCCAGCCAGUGACAUAUCAGGCAUAUCGGGAAUGUACACUGGAGACCACAGUUCAUGCCAGCGGCUGGAAUAAGAUUUUGGUGCCUCUGAUUUUGCUACAACAAAUGCUUUUGGAGUUGACAAGACGUGGUCAAGAGCCUCUGAGUGCAUUGCUACAGUUUGGUGUGACAUAUCUGGAGGACUAUGCAGCAGAGUACAUCACUCAACAAGGUGGCUGGGGCACUGUCUUUAACCUUGAAUCAGAGGAGGAGGAAUACCCUGGAAUCGUUGCAGAAGAUAGCAAUGACAUUUAUAUCCUGCCCAGUGACAACUCUGGACAAGUCAGUCCUCCAGAGUCUCCUACUGUGACCACUUCUUGGCAGUCAGAAAGCCUACCUGUUUCACUGUCAGCCAGCCAGAGUUGGCACACAGAAAGCCUCCCAGUGUCCCUAGGUCCUGAGUCCUGGCAGCAGAUCGCAAUGGAUCCUGAAGAAGUCAAAAGCUUAGAUAGCAAUGGGGCUGGAGAGAAGAGCGAGAAUAACUCUUCUAAUUCUGACAUUGUGCAUGUGGAGAAAGAAGAAAUUCCUGAAAGCAUGGAAGAGGCUGCCGUGGCAUCUGUCGUCUUGCCAACCAAGGAGCUGCGGGAGGCGCUCCCGGAAGCACCAGCUCCCUUGCUUCCACAUAUCACUGCCGCUUCCUUGCUGGAGAUGAGGGAGCCCGACACAGAAGGGAUGACAGUGGAGACAGUCAGCCCUGCUCCGUCUUCGUUCGUGGAACUUGCUGAAGAAGAGAACUUGCUGAAGACAAAAGCAGCAACGGUUGAAUCUGUUGAACUGGAAGAGGAGGUGACCCCCACACUGGAACCCACAGCAACACUGCUGAGUGAAGAGGAGAUGCGUGUGAGGAGAGGGGGCCUUCGAGAAGGCCCCUCCCCUGCAGGAGAAGCAAAAGCCAUCCCACUGUCUGAAGGCAAAUCUAUACUGCUGUUUGGAGGGGCCGCCGCCAUCGCCAUGCUGGCAGUGGCAGUUGGGGUCGCACUGGCUCUCAGAAAGAAAUAGCAGAUUUUUCAGAAGAGAAAGAAAAUAAAAAAUGUCAGGUUUUAGCUGUACUGACUGAAUUUGAACCACCAACAGCUGAUUUGGACAUUUGUGGAACACUCUGGGAUAAUGGGGGACUUCUGCUCAACAAGGCAGUAAAUUGAUCCACAUAGUAGGGCUUCAGGUAGAGAGCAUUCACGUUUGUCUGAUUUUAAGUUCCAAGGGCCUCGACUCCUGCUAAAUUCGGAAUCCUAUGCGUCAAGCACUCCCUCUAGAACAGGGUUUCUCAACCUUGGCAUUAAUGACAUUAUGAUUAAUUCUUCGUUGUAGGAGGCUGUCCUGUGCACUGUAGGAUGGGCAACAUCCUUGGCCUCUACCCACUAAAUACAAGUAGCACCCUUCCCCCAGUUGUGACAAUCAGAAAUGUCUCCUGACAUUGCCAGAUGUCCUCUGGGGGCAAAAUUGUUCCUGUGGAGAGCCACAGCUCUAGAGGGAAAGGGUUAAUUUAGGAUCAUCUGGGAUAGAAAUUCCCAGGCAAAAGGGCUCAGCUGUGGGCUCCUCAGCUACUGAUUUGUUCCUGCCCUUGGAAUUUCAUCUUUCCUGGUGAACAUGCUGGGUUUUGCAGCCAUUCUUUUGUGGCUCUUCUUUUCUUCCCCACCUUCUUGGUCCUGUAGCGUGAGGGUGCUCUCCCCUGAUGUCUCAGCUGCCUCUCAGGUACUACACUGCUCCUCUUCACCGCCAGGUUCUUUAUAAGGCCCCAUGGGAGAGUGCUUGGUCCGCACCCAUUAAGUCCCUGAUGCUUCCUACAGCUCCACCUUGUAAAGAUGUUGUCGUUAGUCAUCUUAAAAAAAAUAAAUAUAAAAGAGACCUAGGGUUCCCUGCCUGUGGAUGCGAGGGCAAGUAACUGGCUAGAGAGUGGUAUUUAUCUCAUUUAUAAGCAGGAUGACUUAGGUGGCCAAGUGUCUUCUGGCCCUUUUGUGUAUGGCCGGCCACCCUUCUGAGCUUAUGGUUACUUGCUGGCAGCAUCUCUGUUGCUGGAUGGUCACUGUCUAUAAUCUGGGCUGUGUGUUUUCCCUUUAUCUGGCCUCAGUCUUCUUAACUGGUCAACCAGUUUCUCUGCGGUCUCUUCCCAUGUGAUAAGGAUUUUCAUACUCGGGCUUACAGACCAAUUGAAUCAUAACUCAAUAAGAGUUAUACAGAAAAUCUCCCUAAAUACCAUUGAAAUAAAAAGUAGGAAAAGAGAAGCUUGAAUUUCUUGAGGCUACCCUUGAGAUUCUAGUUUGGCUUUCAGAGUUCAAGAGUAAGACUUCUUCCCUGAACUCUUUACAGUCCAAAUGCCAGAGUGACAAACCAAAAUGAUUCUAAUCAGUAUGUGCUAGUUGAGAAUCAGCAUAACUUCUUUCAUCUGGCUGAUCCCAUCCCUAACGGGGGGUGGGACUAUGUCUUUUCAUGUGUGAGGGUCAGUGUCACUAUGCAGGACACACAUGCUUGAGACAGGUCAUCUCAGAUUUAUCUUAGUAAAUGUAACAAAUUACUUUUUAGAUCCUGAAAUUUGUAAUAAAAUUACUUUACUAUCCUGAUCACCAAAA